GCGGGCAAGUUGCUUUACCUUUCGGAAGCUCAGCAGCUGCCCCUGGGGGGUGAAAAAAAUGAGGAUAAUAAUAGCAGCGCCUUCAGAGGGCUGCUGUGAGGAUGAGCGCACGUCAAGGGUUUAGCACAGAGACGGCACGGGGUUCUUCCAGGGCCAUGUCUGUUCCAUCGCCCCUGAGCCAGUCGGCCAUUAAUGCCAACAACCAUGGAGGCCCCUCACUGAGCCUACCCCUGCCGCUGCACGCAGCCCACAACCAGCUGCUCAACGCGAAACUGCAUGCCACGGCCGUGGGGUCCAAGGACCUGCGCAGCGCCAUGGGGGAGGGCGCGGCCCCCGAUCCGGGCCCUGCCAACGCCAAGUGGCUAAAGGAAGGCCAGAACCAGCUCCGGCGGGCUGCCACGGCCCACCGUGACCAGAACCGCAACGUGACCUUGACCCUGUCAGAGGGGCCCAGCCAGGAGCCGGAGAUGGCCCCCUUGGGCCCCAAAGGUCUGAUGCACCUCUACUCUGAGCUGGAGCUCUCGGCCCACAAUGCUGCCAACCGGGUCCUCCGGGGACCUGGCCUGCUCAUCACCGCUCAAGAACAGGGGCCAGAGGAAGGAGAGGAGAAGGCAGCCGAGGAGGCUGAGGAGGAGGAGGAGGAGGAGGAAGAGGAUGACGAGGAGGAGGAGGAGGAGGAGGAGGAGGACUUGUCUUCUCCCCCGGGGCUACCUGAACCUGUGGAGGAGCGUGUGGAGGUUUCCCCCAGGCCCCAGGCGCUUGUUGAGGGUCCCCGGGAGCACAGCAAGAGUGCCAGCCUCCUGUUUGGCAUGCGGAACAGUGCCGCCAGUGAGGAGGACUCCAGCUGGGCCACCUUAUCUCAGGGCAGCCCCUCCUGCGGCUCCCCAGAGGACACAGACUCCUUCUGGAACCCCAACGCCUUCGAGACGGAUUCCGACCUGCCAGCUGGAUGGAUGAGGGUCCAGGAUACCUCAGGGACCUACUACUGGCACAUCCCGACGGGGACCACCCAGUGGGAGCCCCCAGGCCAGGCCUCCCCAUCACAGGGGAGCAGCCCCCGAGAGGAGUCCCAGCUCACCUGGGCAGGCUUUGCUCACGGAGAAGGCUUUGAGGAUGGAGAGUUUUGGAAGGAUGAACCCAGUGAGGAGGCCCCUAUGGAGCUUGGACUGAAGGACGCCGAGGAGGGGACAUUGUCCUUCCCAGCCCCGAGCCUCAGCCCAGAGCCAUUGCCUCAAGAAGAGGAGAAGCUCUCCCCACGGAAUGCCAACCCAGGGAUCAAGUGUUUUGCCGUGCGCUCCCUGGGCUGGGUGGAGAUGACCGAGGAGGAGCUGGCCCCUGGACGCAGCAGCAUGGCGGUCAACAACUGCAUCCGACAGCUCUCCUAUCACAAAAACAAUCUCCACGACCCCAUGGCUGGGGGAUGGGGGGAGGGAAAGGACCUGCUGCUGCAGCUGGAGGAUGAGACGCUCAAGCUGGUGGAGCCGCAGAAUCAGGCCCUGCUGCACGCCCAGCCCAUCGUCAGCAUCCGCGUGUGGGGCGUCGGUCGCGACAGUGGAAGAGAGAGGUACAUGCCUGCUUGUUUUGUCCUCCCACCUGGACGGAAGCCUCCACCGAACACCCGCCUUCCGCGUUCUGCCCCUUCCCGCCCGCCCGCUGCGCUCGCCCAGACCCCCUCCUCCGCUUACUUGCCUGCCUACCCUCCAGCCAGAAGGCCGCUCCCCCAGGACACCACCCCAAGGGCUGGGGCCCUGCAAGAGCUGCGAUGCAUAGGGAGGGUGCAGGUGGGGUGGGCGUGGGGCUCAGUACCGAAUGGCCCUCAGAUUAUGGCUGAACGGCGCAAUGCCCGCUGCUUGGUCAACGGACUCUCCCUGGACCAUUCUAAACUGGUGGAUGUCCCUUUCCAAGUGGAAUUCCCAGCCCCCAAGAAUGAGCUGGUACAAAAGUUCCAAGUCUACUACCUGGGGAACGUGCCUGUUGCUAAGCCUGUUGGGGUAGAUGUCAUCAAUGGAGCCCUGGAGUCAGUUCUGUCCUCCAGUAGCCGUGAACAGUGGACACCAAGUCAUGUCAGCGUGGCCCCUGCUACCCUCACCAUCUUGCACCAGCAGACGGAAGCAGUUCUGGGGGAGUGUAGGGUGCGCUUCCUCUCCUUCUUGGCCGUGGGCAGAGACGUCCACACAUUUGCAUUCAUCAUGGCUGCCAGCCCAGCCUCCUUCUCCUGCCACAUGUUCUGGUGUGAGCCCAACGCUGCCAGCCUCUCGGAGGCCGUGCAAGCUGCGUGCAUGCUCCGAUACCAGAAGUGUCUGGAUGCUCGAUCCCAGACCUCCACCUCCUGCCUCCCGGCACCCCCGGCUGAAUCUGUGGCCAGGCGUGUAGGGUGCACUGUCCGCAGGGGCGUUCAGUCACUCUGGGGCUCCCUCAAGCCCAAACGGCUGGGGACCCAUGCCCCCUGAAGAGACCCCCAGUACUCCUCCUGUCUGCUUGCAUCGGGCUCCAGGGAACUCAAGGAAUGGGGCAGAGGGUGACUGUAGAGGCUGCUCCUAGGCCUCAGGCACCGCUAAAGCUGCCCCUUCUCAUAGCUGGGGUUCCCUGCCUAGGAGUGGGGGUGGGAGAGGCCUAACUCCCUCGAGGAAGUGGCAACACUGGGCUGACAAGAGGAGCAGGAAGCAAAGCCAGCCCCAGACCCUCCAUUCCCACGCGUUUCAGUGGAGCAGGAGGGACUGGCCCGUGCCAUGCUCCAGCCUCAUAGGGCCCAGCGGGGGCAGGAGGAGGAGGGGACAGUCCCGGCAUGGGUCCUCUCCCCCUUGCCCAGCGGGCACCUCCCCUGUACUGAUAUCACUAAUAAAGUCUGUCUGCCCUGCUGA